UUCUGAAUAUAAAAAUGAGUGGUAAAUUUGUCAAUUUGAAAAGAUGAUCAUACACACAACAAAUCUAUGCUUCCAGCGAAGGACGAGGCAAACAUAGAGGGAAAAACAACUGAAGGAGGAGAAAGAAACGGCUAAAAAUGCAGAGUUUCUUUAGUAGACUGCGUAGCACUAGCUCAGUGCACAAACAAAAUUCUUCAUCUGCAAUCUCAUCUUCAGAGGAAGAUUUCAAGCUGACCGGAUCAAUGGGUACUGUCAAAGUACCAGAACCUGUUCCUUCUCCAGACAACGACUGUCAGAGGCUCAAAAAAGCCUUCGAAGGAUUGGGAACGGAUGAGGAGGCUGUGAUAUGGAUAUUAGGACAUAGGAAUCAAAGCCAAAGAAGGAAAAUCAAAGACACUUAUCAACAGCUUUACAAUAAAUCUCUCCUUGAUGAUCUCCACUCUGAGCUUUCUGGAGAUUUCAGAAAAGCAAUAAUUUUGUGGGCAUAUGAUCCUCCUGAAAGGGAUGCUAAAUUGGCAAGAGAUGCGCUGAAGGCAAAGAAGCAAGGCAUAAAACACCUAAAAGUGGUAGUUGAGAUAGCUUGUGCAUCAUCUCCUCACCACUUGAUGGCAGUGAGGCAGGUCUACGCUUCACUUUUUGAUUGUUCACUUGAGGAGGAUAUUGCAUCUACUGUUUCCCUCCCCCUCAGAAAGAUUCUGGUCGGUUUGGUGAGCUCCUACAGGUAUGACAGACAGCUGGUGGACUCAGGCAUUGCCGGUUCGGAGGCUUCUAGGCUACAUGAGGCCAUCGAAAGAAAGCAACUAGAUGAUGAUCAUGUUGUUCGGAUACUCAGCACAAGGAAUUUAUUUCAGCUCAGAGCGACCUUUGAGUGUUACAAGCAAAAGUAUGGAAAUUCCUUUGACCAGGACAUUAAGGCUUGUGGCAAUGGUGAUUUGGAAUCUCUUUUGAUGGUGGUAUUUUGGUGCAUAGAAUCACCUGAGAAGUAUUUUGCAAAGGUCAUCAAAAAUUCCAUUGUUGGACUCGGGACAGAUGAAGAUUCUCUGAAUAGAGCCAUAAUAAGCCGAGCUGAGAUCGACAUGAUCAAAAUCAAAGAGGAGUAUUCCAAAGUGUCCAAAAGCAGCCUCGUCAACGACAUUAUAGGUGACACAUCAAGAGACUACAAAAAUUUCUUGUUAACCUUGCUUGGAGAAAGACUCUGAUUCAUUCUAAUGAGUAGCACUACCCAUUACAUUUCAGUUAAGACCUCAGAUUGCUUUUAUAAUAAAAGUUGUAUGA